AAGACACUUUGUAUGUCCCUGGGUCUUGGGAUUUCUGUUUUUUAUUUUCUUCCUUUUUUCUUCCAGAUAAGCACUGUUAUCUUAAACAUAGUGGCCCAACUUGGUCGACAAAUGCGGACCUUUUUAAAAGGCAACUAUGCUAAACGUCACGCUGUCAGGACAGGUUCCUUCCGAUGGGAAUUUGAAUGUAAGCAUUUUGGACAAUCGACGGCUUUUGGAGUUGUCUCACCGACCCAUAAAAAUAUGUAUAAUAACAGUGUUGGGGAUUAUGAUCACGUUAGGAAACAUGGCUGUCAUAUCGGUAAUAGCUUCCUCGGUUGCCGGCUGGUCAAGAAACUCGCGGUACUUCCUGCUGUCCCUCACCGGGGCAGACGCCGCAUUCGGACUGGUCGUCAUGCCUCUGAAUCUCUGUGUGAGUCUUGUGAAGGACUACAGCGAAGGGCCUGAUCCAUUCUGUCACAUCGUGGCAUUUUUCAACUCCGCGAUUUAUGCAACUUGCAUGUACACCCUUGCCACAAUAAGCUUGGAGAGAUACGUGGCAGUGUUUAACCCGCUGAAAUACUCAGCCAUAAUGACUAGAAAAAGGACGCUGAUCAUAAUAGCGUUCGCCUGGCUGUUCCCACCUAUGCUGCUAUUACCAAUCUCUUUACCCGACGGGAUUAUCAAAGUGCACUUCUCCACGGCCUCUCUGGUCUGCAACCCCUCUUAUUCCAGCAACGUCAUAUAUUCGUUAACUUUAACUGCCUUGAUAUUUUUCCCCUGUUCGACCAUCAUGACCUACGCAAAUCUUCGACUUUGGUUUGCUGCAAAGAAACAGAGGUUAAAACUUCAAAAGCAUAACAUAAAUGGCCGCAACAGACCUGACGUUGCCUCCCGUGUUCUCAUUCCCGUUAUGACCGUGUACUACACUUGCUGGACGCCUUGCAUGGUGACCAUCUUGUACAAUGCCAUCUCAGGUAACCGGGUCCCGGAGUGGGUGGAGUUUGUGGCCGUGUGGCUGCCCACGUCCAACGGCUUCCUCAACUGCAUCUUCUACUUCUGGAUCAACCGAAGCUUCCGCAGGAAGUUCCGGCUGCUGGUCCACCGGCUGUGCCUGGCGCUGUGUCCGGCGCUCGUCCGGAAGCUGGGCUGCCCGGCGCCGCUAGCCGUGCACGUGGUGGCGGGGGUCUGGGACAACAACAACUCCCUCCAGGAGCGAUCCUCCAGCGUGUCGUCCACGUGCACCCUGCUCACCCUGGUCGCUGAGACCCACGUCUGAGCACCCGCUGUGGGACUAGACCAUGCCCCCUGCCCGGCGGUGUCCCCCUCUUACGAGGCCCGGACGCUGAGGACGCAGAACAGAGCUGCGGUGAGGUCACUGUCCUGUCCGCUGGCUGGAUGGAUGAGAUCUUCACAGGAUGCUGCAGUGAUCUGGACUUGGCUCUGUGUUCGAACUUCAGACAUUUUGUUGUAAUCAGGAAAGAUGGGCAAAGUGUGCGCCCGUGUGUGUGUGUGCGCGCGCGUGUGUGCGCGUGUGUGCGCGUGUGUGGGUGUGUUUGUCUGUUUUUGGGAAGGAGGUAUGGUGUGU